AUGCACGAAGACAGGAAUGGCAGGAACACUACAACACAACACACACACCCAGGAGGGCACACACGGCACAGGUAG